GCCGCCUCAAUCUUCGCAGCAAUGCUACGUUCCCGCUUAAGAACAAGCUCCGUCCACGCCUUAGGCUGUCCGCUAGCACCGGCUGCCUGUCCCUUUCCAACAGUCUCGGCAAGGACUUUCAUCCAGCCUUCCUUUGCCAGGGCACUAUCGGCAUAGAAAUCAAUUAUUUCGCCGUUACCAAAUCGGAUGCGGAAACCUUCCUCCACAAACAUGUAGCCCUCCUCUUCCUCCGCGAAGGCUGAUUUACGUCGGCGACCGCCUUUCCCGGACGUUUCUUUCUGGGUUAAUGUAGACUUAUCAUCGAUCAGCUUGGAUGCUUUGGCCAAAUUGAUGGUAGCCCGAGGUUGGCGAGUAGUUUCGUGGUACGCGGUAAGCUUUGACCCCUGAAGUUUAAAGUAACGUCGACGCCAGUACUAGGAACAAUCAAAUAUUAGCCGAAUCUCCCCGAAAGGGAAACAAAACGAGAGGAAAUGAUAAAACAUACAGGGCAGUCUCCACCCUGUUGAGACAAAAAUCCCUCCCAUGAUCUUGCAGCUGCAUUAUCGGCUUCUCUCAUCUCCCUAAUGCAGGCGUUCAUACUCUUUGGCAUAUCAUCAUCCGUGGCCCCUUUGGGCUUAGGGACAUAGAGAAGCUGAAGUUCCAGUUUGCCAAUCUGGUAGGGGGGUCGCUGCUGCAUCCCGGACCCUGCAGAGUAGGCCAUGGAUCUCUUGUUCUUUGAAUUAUUAACAGGGUCAGUUGCCCACUCGUUGAAACAAGUUACAUCGACAGUCAUUGGUCUCCCAAAUGCCCCUUUCUCGUAAUCACUCAGAGAAACGUAAGCACGAGCAAAGCUGCCAUCGCUGGAAACUAAAUUCCGAAGCGCGUCCCAUGGGUUCUUUUUCUCAGCCAAAGCCUUUUCUUCAGCUUUCUGCUGUUUGAGCUGCUGUGCUUCCAUCUGCUGCUUCAACCCCAACUCCUUUCUCUUCUUUGGGGAUGCAAACACGCGGCUGAAUGUCGAACUCUUGUGCGGUUUUGCCGCUUUACCAGGCGACGAGACGACAGAUUGGCUGGGUUUAACUUUAGGCUCUUCCAUUUUCAUUUGAAGGGUCAAUUGGAACUCAAGCUCGUUCAGAACAACCAAUUCAAAUUCUUGGCCGAUAGGAGCGGAUUUUCCAAGCUCUAGCCACGAAGUUGUUACACAGUGGAGGCCAUUGUCAAGAGUUAGGGCAAAGUUGAACCGUUCACCUGCAUCUAAAAUUAGUCAAUCAUUUCAAUACAGGACGAUUACAAUACGUACCUCGUGCCAGGGGCAAAUCCAAAUCCUUCACUCCAACUACCUUGACAAAGAGUCGUCCCCUUUCAUCACCCUCCUCAGUCUCCUCUCCGGUAGUUUCCGAUUCAUCCACGCCACCAACUUCUUGCUUUGCAUUGCUUUCCUGUCCUGGCAAUGGAGGGACAGAUCCGGGAACGGGCUUCUUCUUCGGCAUGCCACCUGCUAACUUGAUGCUUUGGCGCCUCGUUUUUCCAUUCCACGGCUCAGUUGUCCACGUCUGUUGACUGGGUUUUCGUGGAGAGCUUCCUGCAGAUUUGGUGCCUCUUGGGUCGCCAUCCACAGGAGAGUUUGGCUCCGACGUCUCAUCUUGGCAGCUGGUUGCGACGAUAACUUUGGUAUUGUGCCUCAUGAGGUAACCUCUCUGUCGAGUAGUAACAUUAUUAGCAAUCCUGUCACCAGCUAAGGGAAUUUCCUUCCUUUCAGAUGGCAUCAAAUUAGGCAAACGUGAUUGUUGCAUGUUGACAUUGGUUGUGUCCAUAAAGGGGGUGGUGUAACGAGUCUGCUUGGAAAGGAAAUGGUCAAACGCAACCUUUUGGGCCUCAAUAACGCGGUCAAAUUCCAGGUCAAGUCCAAAUCCUAAACCUUCGUCGUUUGCGCUCACGGGAAUAUCGAGUUUCACAAGAGAGCUUUGCCGCUUGUCAUUAUUGAUUGGCACUGUCGCAUUAAGCUGGGGAAGAUCGGAUAGGAACGAGGUGAAUUGAUCGCCAUGCUCUCCAUAACUGGGCCGGGAUCCGGUUGACGAUUCUUCUGAUAUUGACGGUACAGGCGGUUCCUGUCCACUUACCUUACGGCGAGUUGCCGCCAUCUCAUGGACGUCUGCAGGACUCAGGGACGGUUUCGUUUUUAAGCUUCCAUUGGACGAUUUUAUGGUCGCAAGAGGAUCUGGAAUAGCGAGGAACUCGUCAGUGGGGGACAUGUCGUCGUCAACGGAAUGGCGAAUGACCGAUUCGGGUGUCGCAGGCCCGUCAUGAUCGCUACCAUACACACUUUUUGACGCCUGGCUACCAUGGCCAUCUGGAGUUUCCUGGCGGUGGAGAGAAUCCCGAAUUGACUUCAUAUCUAAGGCGGGGGCAAGCUUAGAGGCUUCAUCAAGCGUUGAAGAGCGGUCAACGUACGAACUCAAGUCGAGUUCGGAGUUAUCUUCACCAGUAAUACCGGAAAACUCAGAGCGGCCUGGGCUCAGAUCAGGCAGGCGGUAUUGUUGUGGCGCAUUCUCCGGUACUGGCGUGCUCUGAUCAUCCGUCGAAUCACUAGAGGUAUUGAAAGUUUGCUGGUCGGGAUCGUUGACCGAGUCUGUGUAUCCAUUUUCAUUGUUACUUUGCGUUCCAUUACUAUCAUCAUCGUGUUGAACUUCAUGGCCGUCGUGUGCAGUCUGAGAAUAAUACUCAGAGAUAUCAUAAAUAUCGUCAUCCUCAGCUGGCUCUUCCUUGAUCAUGACUUCUUCCUCGUCUGUCUCCAGAGAGGGGAUGGGGAUGUCGGGGUCUAGGGGAGUGUGAAAUCGUGGACUGGAGCUCCGAAGUGGGGAGGAAAAGUCCUCAUUUUCGUCGUCAUUUUGCUUUCUGAUGUUUCGUAGAAUGGAUUCUCUUGAAAUAUGAGGCGCAGAGACGUGCGGAUUGAACGGUGAGCUGUCCUGCCUAGGACUUGAAGUGUCGCUGAACGAUGGGGUACUUUCAGUCUCACGGUCAAAGUUCUUAUCCUUUAUCCCAGCACGUCUCAUUCUACGCUCACGCUGCUUUUCGGCUUCCGGAGAGCGUUCCGGGUCCUGGACCAUCAUCAGACGAAGCCUGUCUUCCAGUGACAUUGACCCAUGGCCCAUUCCAUUUAUUUCGGCCUUCGAGCAAGAUGCCGGGCUCAAUGGGGAGGGCAACUUGCGGGAUCCACUACUGGCAAGUUCCAUUGUCAUAGAGAGCCUACUCGCCCGGUCGGGAGUUACUUGGGACUGAGAGCUAGAAGCGGGCAACGGUGGGAGAGGACGAUGGUCACUGUUAGAGUCAAAAGACUCCACUUGGGAUUCGAAGGGCUGCGAUUCUUGCGCAGAAGAUGGCCUCAGAUCGGGGCCGGGGCUGCCGAAAUCUUCACUGAAAGGGUCAUCCUCCCCCUGGAACUCCUCGCUAGCUCUAUCGGGGCUCAUAAAACGCCAGUCCUCUGGUAGAACUACUGGAGUCUUAUCUGUAUCUUCCAAAGACGCGUCAAAGCUGUCUUCAGCCCCCAUGUAAGAACCGCGAUCAAAACUCUCCUCCUCGUCCAUAUCAGCGGAAUCGUAGCUUCCUUCCCGUGAACUCGAGGCAAUUGAUGAUGGAACGGGGGUGGUCAUUUCAUACUCGUUGAUCUGAGGGGGUGCUGCAUCAAAUGUUACGCUUUUAGUCUGGCGAUGCAUAUAGGGACGCCUUGGUGUUGUAUCCGGACCCGCAUCUUCGUUAUCUGACCAGAUCUCGCUCUCGGGAUCAAAAGACGGACGACUAUUCCCGAAUCUACUUUCUUUCGUCAAAGAUGACUUCGUGGGAGACGAUUGAGGCCUGCUUGGAGAAGUAUGAGAAUACGUCGGGGAGAAAGAGCUUUCCGGCUUUGGGGUAACUGGGGUGUUAUUUGUGGAGUCGAUUUUCCCGGGAUACAGAUUUUGUUUAGUUGGAGAAACAGAUUGGGAUGGCAGCUGUCGUCGAGCAUCCACACUGCCUGCUUCUUUGGUAUUAUUCUUAAAUUGAGAGCUCAGUGGUCGACCGGUGGCAAGGGGCCGUUCCAAAACCUGGACGUGGGCAGGGUCAUAUUCCUGCUUCUUCUCUCGAGCAAAAAUGCUGCUAUUUUUCACACGGGAUGCUCGUUUUAAGUUUUCAAUGGAAGAUCUUUUUGAUGGGGUGGUCACAAGAGGGUCGUAUGGGCUUCUGUUUUCAGAACCCGGCCUGGCUGGAGACCCGCUAUCCCUGCCCUUCCAAAACAAUCUUGGAGACUGGGGGGAAUUGAAGGAAUCGAAUGGAGAUGAAUCGCCAUUACCGACGGUGGUCUAAUCAUAACAGUCAGCCAGGAGCUAUGUUAGACCAGGAAUUAUCUACACACCUUGGUGCGCUGGUUCCAGCUUGGGGAGUUUCUACGUUGAGCCACUGGACUCAACUCCGAAAGAGGCCGCUGUCCACUUGCCAUCUUGGGAACGAAAGCGGACUGACACGCGUCUUCUCAACUACUUUCCGUAUCUAUCAAUUGAUUAACAGGCUGUCUUGAAUCAAUCCGCAGUAGAACUUCAUCAAAACAAACAAAAAACUGCCUAGUUGAGGUAACAAUUCUAGUAGAAUCAUACCUGCGACAAAUGAUAUAGCCACACAACAAGGGUAUUCUUUGCGGCGAGCUAAGGGUGUCGAAAGGGUAUUGACGAACAAAUAACUGUAUUGUUUGCGAAAAGCAACAAUGGCGCGCCAAAACGGCGGGGAGAAAGGGGGGGUUGGUUAUAGUAGUAUGGCUCCUUUGACUGGUUUCCCGAGAAAUUUAACUGCAACAACAGCCAACAGGCGGGAAGAAGGGAUGUAUAAACAGCAGAAACAACAGGUAGAAACAAAGACAACAAAGAGCGACGUGAAGAGAAACGGAAGAGGGCAAGCAUGCACGCAAGCACAGAGCCAGGACAGAGAGAGUACGGAGGAUGAUGGCCAGGAGCGGCGUCGAUGUGGGUUAUAACUUAUAGGAGACAACGAUGUUGUGUAUGGUAUGGUAUGGGAGGGAGGGGAAUGAGGGAGCCUCAUGGGUUCGGGCCCGGUUUGCCUUGUUUGUUGCCGCCCCGAUGUUGAUGUUCCCGCUGCUGCGGUUUCCCCAGCAACCUGUCCCGAUCUGGCCUAGUGUCAGUUCCAAGCUUCCAAGGGUUUGAAUCUUGGAACCUUCAAAUUUUCAUCCACUUCCAAGCUUAGUUUGAUGCGGCCCGACGACCAGCUCUGGGGCCAUAUAUAUAUACACAUAUUAUAUAUUCGCAACAGCUGCCACGGGUCGUUUACUUCAUGUCAUUCGUGUCAUCCGUAUGUCCGCGUUGUGAUAUGAGAGCUGUUCUUUGGGGCCGGCAGUCUGCUGUGUCUCCACCAUGGCAGGCCAUCCGCUUCGCUUCGUCCGCCAGGCAGGCCCGGCGCAAACCAGCUCGCAUGGCUCUGUCACCAAAUGUUGCAAGACCCUCUGAUCGAUCCCCCGAUUCCAAGAGGAACGUUCCUCCGACAUUCAAGAAUAACCCCUUUGGAGGCAUGAACCAAACCCGAGCCCGCUUACCCGAUCGCCCACUGGCCAGGUCUGAAGCGCAGCUGAAAAGAUCUUCGUCAGAUAGGAAUAGUAUGGAAAAGGAUGAUGUAGACAAGAAAAAGGAGGGUUCGCUAUUUAGAGCUCUGAAAAUGCAGAUCGCCCUAACACCAAUACCCUACUCGCGUCGGAAUAGAAUUAAGGAGAAAAUCGCCUCGAUUACCAAAUUUGAUCAGUUCGCUCUUCUCCCUGAAGUACGAGAUGCAGUGUACGCAAAUGCAUUCCCCACACUUACUGAAAUAUCCCCAACUCCUAUCCAACGUGUAGCUAUUCCAGCACUGCUUAAACCACCCGCCUACAAGUCAGAGAAGAACAGGCUGCGGAAAAAGUCUAAGGCCGAGGCAGAAGAAGAAGAGCUGUUCGAUUUCGACCAAUUUCUGCUGGCAGCUGAAACUGGGACUGGCAAAACGCUAGCAUAUCUCCUACCAGUUGUAAACUGGAUCAAACGGGCUGAGGUGGCGGAAAAAGAAACGGAAAUGAUGGAGAAGGAGCAAAAGCAACAGGAAGAAAAGGAAAAGGAAAAAGAAAAUCUAUUUGAACUUGAGGCUCCCAAGGUGGUCAUGCCGGAACAUUCGAACGUCGCACGGCCCCGAGCUAUCAUUUUGGUGCCAACAGCGGAACUGGUAGAACAAGUAGGGAAACUCGCAAAACAGCUUUCACAUACUGUCAAGUAUCGCUCCGCGAUGAUUUCGGCUGCCUACACUCCACGCAGAAUUACAAACAACCUUUUCAAUCCCGCUGGAAUCGAUAUCCUUGUUUCCACCCCUCAUCUCCUCACCUCUAUCGCCAAAACCAACCCAUACAUCCUCAGCCGCGUCACCCACCUCGUCAUUGAUGAAGCAGAUUCACUCUUGGACAAAUCCUUUUCACCUCUCACAUACUCCAUUCUCGAAAAAACUGCUCCCUCCCUGAAACAACUGAUCCUUGCCUCCGCCACCAUCCCUCGAAGCCUCGAUUACCUCAUGGAAAAAAAAUUCCCGGAAAUGAAACGCCUUGUGACUCCAAACCUCCACGCCAUCCCGCGCAGAGUCCAAUUAGGCGUCGUAGACGUGGACAAGGACCCAUAUCGCGGCAACAAAAAGCUCGCCUGUGCCGACAUAAUAUGGUCCUUAGGCAAAGCAGGAGUAACCCAGGAUGACGUCCCCAGCGACGGCUACCCAACCUCCCUCUUCCCCGAGCCAAAACAUAUCAUCGUCUUCGUCAACGAGCGCGAAACGACAGAGGAGGUAACCGCCUUCCUUAACCAAAAGGGUAUCCACGCCGUCGCGCUUUCGCGAGAUACCUCGGAUCAGCGCAAGGAUGAGAUCCUCGCGGAAUUCACGACGGUCAAACCACCACCCACUCCCCGGGAAGUCAAAGAUGCGCAGCGGAACAAGAAGAAUUGGUUCUCAGACUCUGUCCCAUUCGUUAGGGACGAGAACGCACACCUGGGCCCCCAGAGGAGUCUCCGCGAUACCAAGGUGCUUGUCACGACUGACCUUGGCUCACGCGGUAUUGACACGGUCGCGGUACGCAAUGUUGUUUUGUACGAUGUUCCGCAUACGACUAUUGAUUUCAUCCACCGGCUGGGUCGUACGGGCCGCAUGGGGAGGAGAGGGCGUGGGAUUGUUUUGGUUGGCAAGAAGGAUCGGAAGGAUGUUGUGAGAGAGGUGAGAGAGGCGAUGUUUAGGGGCCAGGCUUUGAUCUAGGGAACUGUUCAUGUAUAACCAAACAGUUUGUUUAUUUCUCUCUUUUUCUCCCUAUAUUUGUGGGGUUUGGGUCUAUAGAACAGUUUAAUCGCCCUUUUUUUUUUUGCUUCUUAUGUACUGUAUGAUAGAUAACGUCGGAUACUAGGGGGGUUUUCCUUUGGAGUUUACGGAGGAAUCAAGCUUGAAAAAGUUGAAAAAUUACAUAUAUCACUAUGCACAAUAGAUCUGAUUGAUCCAAAAUCAUCUUGUCACUAAGUUUACCUAAGCAUCAAUCUUUCCUUUUCUCUUUGAAUAAAUUGCAAAUCUCUCUCCUCACUUUUCCCCUGCUUCGUUUAUAAUAUAUGAUCUGCCAAUAGAAAUCCACCCCCGAUCAAACAAAUAAUUGUUAAUGUAUAUUUGCAAUUCCCAAAAAGGUCACUGUAGCUAUGUGAGCCUCACCUGGCAUGGUGAUCUGUAUGGAUGGACACUCUGAGGGUGCACAGAUUAAGGGGCAAUCAAACCACAGUCAAAGAGCAACAAUUAGUUGAUCUCUCUAAAUAUUUAAACAAGAUUAAUAGACCUGGACAUAUAUUUCCUUCCACAGUUUUAUUAUUAUUUUAUUGUUCAGGUUAUUCAGAAUCAAACAAAUAUUAACUAUAAAAC